GCUGUCCAACAUGGCGGCGCCCUCGGACAACACGCAGACGAUGGCCCAAGAAACUGACGAAAGCGAAAAGCCUCAAACAUUUAAAGACUUAGGAAUCAUAGAUGAGCUGUGUGUUGCCUGUGAACAUUUAGGAUGGAAAAGUCCAACUUCAAUUCAGAAAGAAGCCAUUCCUGUUGCAUUGCAAGGGCGAGAUGUCAUAGGUCUUGCAGAAACAGGUUCAGGGAAGACAGGAGCAUUUGGACUUCCUGUGCUCCAGUCUUUGAUAUCACAACCACAGCGUCUCUUCUGCCUGGUCUUGACUCCUACCAGAGAAUUAGCAUUCCAGAUUAAAGAACAAUUUGAUGCCCUUGGAAAAGCCAUGGGUGUGACUUGUGUUGUGGUAGUGGGAGGUAUGGACAUGACACAACAAGCGCUGGAGCUGGGCAAGCGACCACAUAUCAUUGUGGCCACGCCGGGCCGUCUUGUGGACCACUUAGAGAAGACAAAGGGUUUCAACCUGAAAGCACUGAAGUAUCUGGUGAUGGACGAGGCUGACCGUAUCCUCAACAUGGACUUUGAGGAGGAAGUUGAUAAGAUCAUGAAACAGUUGUCACGAGAGAGGAGGACAAUGCUGUUUUCAGCAACCAUGACAAGUAAAGUUAAUAAGCUGCAACGAGCUCAUUUAAAGGAUCCAAUAAAGGUGGAAGUUUCAUCAAAAUAUCAGACAGUCAGUAAACUACAACAGUCAAUGAUAUUUAUCCCCUGUAAGCACAAGCAUAUGUACCUUGCUUAUAUUUUAAGUGAAAUUGGUAAUCAGUCUGUCAUCAUAUUCUGUGCCACUCAACUCUCUACACUGAAAACAGCACUCAUACUCCGCAACCUUGGCUUCACAGCCAUUCCAUUACACGGCAAAAUGUCUCAGAACAAACGUCUGGGUGCCUUGAAUAAAUUUAAAGCCAAGGAGCGGUCUAUUCUUUUAGCCACAGAUGUGGCAUCAAGAGGACUUGACAUCCCAAGUGUUGACUAUGUGAUCAACUUUGAUGUGCCAAUGCAUAGCAAAGAUUAUAUUCAUCGUGUUGGCAGAACGGCAAGAGCUGGAAGGUCUGGUAUUGCCAUAACUUUUGUGUCUCAGUAUGAAGUGGAGGUUUACCAAAGAAUAGAGAAGUUGCUGGGAUACAAGUUGGACGUGUAUCCUACAGUCAAAGAGGAGGCUCUUGUAUUGGAAGAGAGGAUUGCAGAAGCUGAAAGAUUUGCAAAGCUUGAAAUGUCUAGACUUAAUGAAAAGACAGGCAAGAAGGGAAAGAAACGGGAUCACGGUGAUGAUACAGAAGAGAGUCUUGGAGUCAGGAACCGUAUCAACAAAAAGAAAAAGUUCAAGAAAUAGCCAGUUGGCGAAUAUUUGAAGCCCAUGAAUUGUUAUGAUAGAAGAUUAUUUGAAUAUGAAAUUUGCUAAUAUUUUUAUAUGUAUUAAUUAAAACUGAUGGUUUGCUUAAAAAUACUGAAGAUGCAAUUUGUUUUUCUUUCUUUUCUUUUUUUUCUUUUUUCUUUUUCUUUUUUUUUUUUUUUUUCUUACCAAGCCUUAAUCAUCAUUUUUUUUUUCCCCAUAUACCUUACUUGAACCAUAGAUACCAAGCUCUCCAUUAACCCAAUGUCUGUGGGGUUUAUGUAUUGUUCCUUUUAGAUUUUUGUGAGUCUUGUUACAUACAGAUUUUCCCAUUCCUUGAACUGGCAAGAAAAUGUGUUUUUCUUUCUUAUACUAUUAAAAUUGACUUUGUUAUUAUUCAUAGUGAUAUUACGAUUAUUAAAUUGUUAUUAAAAUAUUAAUAACAUCAAAAACAAUAAAAUAACAAUGAAGGGUAAACAGGUGAAAUUGGUAAGCCUAAGAGCUGACUCCUUGGUGACUAAGCAUUUGUAGAGCCUUUUUUUUUUUACAAGAAUUGGCAUUUAAAGUCACCUGGAAAAAUAGCUACAUCUGCCAUAACUAUGCAAGUUUACUUUCAUCUUCAAAGUUGUCAGUUUUGCAGAUAAUCCAAGCUGCAAUCAACAUUAUUUUUGAGCCUACCAUAUGUUCCACUAACCUUUCAUGAAGCUUUAAUUAUCUUCAGUUCAACUUUACCUUCAGAUAUCUUAUCUUAUCCAAGCAGAGGUCAUAAAAUUAAUAUCAAUUUAAAUGCAUUAGGUAGUACUCAGUUUACAACCAGUGCUGUCUGUAUAAAAAGGAAAAAUAAGAGUUGAUACACAUUUAUACCAAUCAGUAUUUGUAUAUUACCUAUGUAGUUGUGUAUUAAGUAAGACAAUCAUUGUUCUGUAUGUUAUUUUUGGCCAAGGCAUUUUUCAAGCUCACUAUGAAAGAAAAGCAUUAUCAAAAAGAUUGCAGCCAGUACAUUCUUGCCAAAUAUAAACAUACUAGUCACAUAUUAGGCAAAAUAACUUAUCAAAAGGAACAGGAAAGUAACAAGCUGAAAGUUUACUAUAUGGAAUUUCAAAGAUUUAAGAAAGAUGUAAUAUUUCUUCAUUAUAGGAAAAGAUUAUUAGAACAUUGAAUCUUAAGACACCUGUAGAUUCUAAGGAUAUUUUUUUUUCAAUAUUUUCAGUAAAUUUCGGAAAUCGUCCA